AUGCACUUCACACUCAUCACCUCCGCCAUCCUCCUCGCAGCUUCCGCUGUCUCCGCCCUGGUCCCCGUGCCCCGCGCAGAGCUGCCCUCCUCCUCCCUCCCCAGCGACCUGGACAUCGACUCCGACGUGAUUGACGACUACACGUCCCUCCUCGCCUCUAACAUCCUCUCCGCCCUCGCCCUUCACCAGCAGCAGGCUAACGAAGCGUCCAAAGACCCCUCCUCCUUGUCCGCCCGCGACCUUGGUCUAGAUCUCGAGCCUGAGGAUGAGGACGCGUUGCACGAAGCCCUGCUAGAGCUCCUCCUCGAUGACGAUGCCAUCACCGCUCUCGCCGCUCGGAAGACCGUCCCCAAGGCUUGUGGUGGAUGCCCUGCUGCCAUCAAGAAGCACUACUAA